CUGAGUCCUGGCGGGCGGUUUGAAUUUCGCUCACAGAGUCGCGCGUCAUCCUUCGGCCGAGACGCUGGUGUCCACGGCUGGCGGUCGAAGACGAGUGGACCCUGUGCUCCCGGACCCGCGCGAGGCUGAAGCUUAAAGGAUGUCCUCAGAUCUAGAACAAUUAUGCUCUCAUAUUAAUGAAAAGAUUGGCAAUAUUAAAAAAAUGCUGUCAUUAAGAAACUGUGGUCAAGAACCUACCUUGAAGACUAUAUUAAAUAAAAUAGGAGAUGAGAUCAUUGUAGUAAAUGACCUUCUAAAUAAGUUGGAACUUGAAAUUCAGUAUCAAGAACAAACCAACAGUUCUCUCAAGGAACUCUAUGAAUCCCUUGAAGAAGAUUAUAAAGAUGUGGAACAUCUCAAAGAAAACAUUCCAACCUAUUUGCCUCAAGUAACAGUAACCCAGAAUUUCGUUAAUGUAUCAGAUCAUGACCCUGAAGAACCAGGCAAAAGUGAGGAACCCCCACCCACAAAGAAGCCCCCAAAAGAACAAAGAGCUAUUAAAGAAAUGCCGUUUAUAACAUCUGAUGAGUUUAAUGGCAUUCCUGCGUACAUGAAAUCUCGCUUAACCUAUUGUCAAAUUAAUGAUGUUAUUAAAGAAAUCAACAAGGCAGUUGUUAGUAAAUAUAAGAUCUUACAUCAGCCGAAAAAGUCCAUAAAUUCUGUGGCCAGAAAUCUCUAUCACAGAUUUAUUGAUGAAGAAACGAAGGAUACCAAAGGUCAAUAUUUUAUAGUGGAAGCUGACAUAAAGGAGUUCACAGCUUUGAAAGUUGACAAGAGGUUUCAUGUGAUACUGAAUAUUUUACGACAUUGCCGGAGGCUAUCAGAGGUUCGGGGAGGAGGACUUACACGAUACGUUAUAACCUGAGGCCCGUUUGAGCUUUUGAACCAGCCAACAGUAGGAUGUAGAGGCUAUUCCUAUGGUUUCUUUAUAUGUAGUAUCUUCAUAUAUAAUUUCUUCAGCUUUUUCAUUUUCUUUUCUAGCUUCUUAUAAAAAUAAAACUUUUUCUUACAUAAAGCAUAUAUAUUUUUAAAUUCACUUUCUUUCAGCAAAUAUUUAAUUACCUGCCAUAUGAGCCUCUGUGCAAGGUGUAUAAUGGCACUAAAAAUGUUCAUGUCUAGUUUUUGUAUCUAGUGACAGUGGUGCGGAGCUGAGUAAGAUGGGUGUGGAUGUGAUAAUGGAUGAAAAAGGUCAGGAAUAUAAGGUCAAGGCUCUUUGAAAUUAAAGGCCAUUAGUGUCUAAAUUCUAUCCAUGGCAUUUCAGUCCAGGCAAAAGUUGGAUUUGGAGGCAGCCCAUCCAUGUGAUUAUUCUGCUUUCCCAUAUGUCACUGGAAACAGCUUACCUGAAAUGCAUUCAGUAUAAAGCUAUCUGUAAAUAUCAACCUGUAAUGAAAUUGUAAUAAAAGUUUAUUGAGAUGAAAAAGAUGAUAAAAUAGCAUGUGUAAACAGAUUGAUAGAGGUCAUGGAAAAUGGACGGUUGGAUUGUAAGAAUUUAGCCAUGUUUCUCUUCCACAUAUGGGGAGACUGUCUGGUCUGUCUUAGGCAGAAUUUCCAGAGAAACAGAACCAAUAGGAUGCAUAUAUAAAAGGAGAUUUAUUAUGAGGAAUUGACUCAUGUGGUUAUGGAAGUUAAGAAGUCCUCCAAUGUCCAUCUAUAAACUGGAGACCCAGGAACACUGGUGGUAUAAUUCAGUCUGAGUCUGAGGGACUGAGAACCAGGGGAGCCAGGCUUGGAGAGGUGACAUGAGAUGUUGCAGCUCCGCAGUGAGUAAGGGGAAAGGAGUGAAUUCCUUCUUUACCUUUUGUUCUACUUAGGUCCUUGAGGGAUUGGAUGAUGUCGGCCAACAUGGACUCAGCCCACCACUGAGUCUACUGAUUUCAAAUGUUUCAUAUGGAAACACCUUCACAGACACGUCCAGAAAUAAUGUUUAAUCUGGGCACCCUGUGGUGGGUCAAGUUGACACAUAAAAUGAACCAUCACAAUCUAUGUCUGUCUUCUGCUUGGCAGUCUGAUUCUUAUAACAGAAAAAAAAAGUAUCUUACCAGGCCCAGUGGCCUGAACACCAUCAUUGUAAUGACCACAGAAUACAUUAUGGGUACUGCAUAUUUAUUGUUAUCCUUUCUCCCUAAUUUAUAUUCAGGUAUGUUUAAUUUUUCAUGUCUUGCUUUAAAGGAAAGUAAUGGCAUUAUCCUUUACUAGGUCUUGCUUGAUUUUUCUCUCUGACUCUUUUUUUCCCUAUGAAAAAUGUUUUCUCUGUUUAAAUUAUUUCUACCUAGAAGUCAUAUUGGCAACUGUGUGCAUAAGUUUAAUUCUUAUCCAAGAGAUACUGAGGUGAACAGUUGAGUCUUUAUUUUAAUUGUUAGCUUGUAAUCAAUUUGUUACAUUAACUUAGGCUUUACUGUUGGUAAAAUAUUAUUCAAAGAAUAAUAAAGACAUUAAUUUUC